CGCCGAGCGCAUCAUGCGAUGAUCGCUGGAGCAAAUGAAGGUGGACACUGACGAGAAGCAUGGGCUACGGACUGUACACUCUUCUCACGCAUUCAAACACUAAUUACAAGCAGUUCUACAUUACAUCUUGGAGACUCGUUGACCACCGUCGAUUGUGUGGCCCGUGUCGAUCCAGAGAUGCAUGCGAUGUUCCCACAAGGAAGUGAGGACGACGCGGGGUGAUGGGUGGAUGUUGGGAAGGCAAGGCGGUAGGUAUUACAUGCCUGGAUGGGUGUACUGUAUGGCGCCAGUCGCUUCAUGAGUAAAGCGCACGCGCUGUUUCGAGGGAGAGAACCGAGCUGUCCAUCCUGGCGGCAAGCAGCACUCGUUCACAUCGAAUCCAAGUGUCAUGCGCUGCAUGUUGUGUGUGAUGGGGUCGGUCUCGAACACAUAGGCCGGACCUCGAUGGACUGGCGAGUAGAUGCCGUUGUAACGCGGCGAGUCAUCGGUUCCAGGGUUGUUGUCACCCAAGGGAAGACUGACAUGCUUGAUGGAGAUGUCCAGUACUUGGAGCAGGUCAUUGUUGUCGAACGGUGCCGCCAUGAUGGCUUGAGUGCCGUGGUAGGAGAAUAAUGGCGAUAACGUUAGAUCCAAA